UGGAAUCAUUAAAUACUCACCCUCAUGUCCUUUCACACCCAUAAGAACUUCGUUUGUCCUCAGAACACAAAUUAAGAUAUUUUUGAUGAAAUCCGAGGGAAUCUGAUCCACACUAGGCAGCAAUGUCAUUGCAUCUUUUGAGGUCCAGAAGGGUAUUAAAGACAGUCGAAGUGACUACAGUGGUUCAACCUUAAUCUUAUGAAGUGACGAGAAUACUUUUUGUGCAUAAAAACAAAACAAAAAUAACAUCUUUAUUCAACAAAUUCAUCUGUCCCGUCAUUCUGCUACGUUAUUUUCUUUACAGAGCUUCAGUGUUUACGUCUGAACGGCGACUCAUUAUUGAUACUGAGCCGCCGUUCGGACAUCCCCAGCUGCACCUCGGGCCUCUUGGCCCAUGUCUGACAUACUUACUCGUUCGCCUACUGCUUUUUGCCUACUAUAUUGUAGGGAAGUAUAUGGAUGCAGCAAUAGUCUUACAAAACAGAUGUCAUCAUUGUGAAAGAGUUUCACAAGUAAAGUGAACAUGGAUAAUCACUUAAAAACUAACACAGGAGAAACACUGCCAUCAUUGUGGAAAUAGUUUAAAUAUUAAAAAUUCACACUGCAGAAAAGCCUUUCAAAUGUGAUCAAUGUCAAGAGAGCAUGAAGAAACAUCCAAGAAUUCACACUGGAGACAUGUUUUUCACCUGUCGUCAGUGUGGAAAGAGCUUCGCAACUUGUGAGAACGAUGUGAGAGACUGAUACUGUCAUAUAGAAAAUGAUUCCUUCAACAUACUACAGCUAAAAGUGGCUCUAAUGUUUGUCACCCAUUGCUUUUCCAUUUUGGCUUUAUUUUUGUUAAAUAAAUUAUGACACAAUGUAAUUCGUUGUUGUUCACCUGAGGUGGUAUUUACCUAAAUAUAAGACCUUGCAAAUGACCAGAUGAUUUUUAUUAUGUUCUGAUACAUAUAACCGUAAAAUUGUAAAGGGUGUCCUUUCUUUUUCAUGAUGUUUACAUAUAGUCCACAAGACAAAAAAGUUGAAUACAUAAAAAUGACCCUGAUCAAAAGUUUACACAUGUAAAUAAAAGUCUAAAUUAAAUCUGUUCAUCAUAUUGUCACAAUCACGUUUGUUUGGACUUAAUUUGUUGUCAUGGACACUUAUGAUUUUCAGCUGUGCACUCGUUAAUCACCAUCAUCACCUGUAUUUAUGUUCAGUUCUGUUUCAGUCUAGUGUCCGGUUGUCUUCAGUAAAUGGUGUUGAUGGUUGUAACACGACUUUCACGUGUACAUCCACUGGACUCACAAAGAUAUGCCAACAUUUGCCUCAGUCUGCUAUAUGUUUCAGUAUUAUUUUAAGUCUAAAUAUGCAAUAUUCCCUUUUUCUCAAUACUACACUCCAGUAGGGGGCGCUAAUGCGCAUUAAAGCGGUUUACAAACUUCCAUAAAACGUAAAGGAAUAAGAUGGUGGUCCUGAGAAGAAAUAACAGGAGAAAUCCGUGCAGAAACAGCUGAAUUCUGUGUGCUGUAAUAUAGUGAAGAUGGAGUUUAUUAAAGAGGAGAUUGAAGACAUGAGUGAUCCAGAACCAUCCAGAAUAAAACAUGAAGAUACUGAGGAACAAACAGACUGGAUGGAAGUGAAGCAGCAAAAACAUGAACUGAAUGAAGCAGAGGAAGUUCGUACCUUCACAUCUCGAGGAACAAAACCUAAAACGACAUACACAUGCUCUCAGUGUGAAAAGAGUUUCACAAAAAAAAGAAACCUUAACAUACACAUAAGAGUUCACACUGGAGAGAAACCAUAUACAUGCACUCAAUGUGGAACGAGUUUUAAACAUACAUCAUCUCUCAGUCAUCAUCUACUCCGUCACUCUGGAGAAAAAACAUUUAACUGUGAUCAGUGUGGUAAAGAUUUUAUUUCGUCAGCAAGUCUAAAACAACACCUGAAAGUUCAUUCAGAUGAGAAGCCUUAUGUGUGUUCUCUCUGUGGAAAGAGUUUUUCACGGCUGCGUCAUUUUAAAUUGCACCAGAAAACACAUAAUGAAGUGAGAGAUCAUGUGUGUUUUAAUUGUGGGAAGAGCUUUACUACAACUGCCCAACUGAAACGACACCAAGUAAUUCAUACCGGAGAAAGACCUUACAAGUGUUCAUCUUGUGACAAGAGUUUCGCUCGGCCUGGACAACUGAAACUACAUGAGCGACUCCAUACUGGAGAAAAACCUUACAAGUGCUCAUAUUGUAACAAGAGUUUCACUCAGUCUACACACCUGAAAUCACACAAGCGAGUUCAUACUGGAGAGAAACCUUUCAAAUGUCAUCAGUGUGGAAUUGGUUUUGCACGUAAGGACAGUCUUAACAAACACAUGAGAGUUCACACUGGAGAGAAACCGUAUAUAUGCGCUCAUUGUGGAAAGAGUUUUUCUCAAUCAUCAGGUCUCAGUUAUCAUCUGCGCAUUCACUCUGGAGAAAAAACAUUUAACUGUGAUCAGUGUGGUAAAGAAUUUAAUUCACCAUCACAUCUAAACCAACACCUGAAAGUUCAUUCAGAUGAGAAGCCUUAUGUGUGUUCUCUCUGUGGAAAGAGUUUUACAUGGCUGAAAAUGUUUAAAUUGCACCAGAAAACACACGAUGGAGUGAAAGAUCAUGUGUGUUAUGACUGUGAGAAGAGCUUUACUACAGCUGCCCAACUGAAACGACACCAAAGAAUUCAUACUGGAGAAAAACCUUACAAGUGCUCAUAUUGUGACAAGAGUUUCACGCAGUCUGGACACCUGAAAUCACAUGAGCGACUUCACACUGGAGAGAAACCAUAUACAUGCACUCAGUGUGGAAAGAGUUUUUCUCAAUCAUCAGGUCUCAGUGUUCAUCUGCGCAUUCACUCAGAAUAAACAUUUAAUUGUGAUCAGUGUGGUAAAGAUUUUAUUUCAUCAUCAA